GAUAUACCUACUUAAUCGCCACAUAGAUUAGACGUGUCCAUUAAAUAAGUAGCUAUCAAUUACCGUGCUUGGAACGAUAAUGUGCACUAGUAUUUUUUGAUAAUAAAUUCGACAGUGUUAAUCAGAUCGUCAACAUGUGUGCUUGUCGGCAGAAAAAGUCAUUCUUGAUCGAGGACAUAUUGAAAGAUGUUUCGGUGAAAAAUAAAGGUUAUAAGAACUUGAGCCGGGAGCCGACGAAGCCGCUGACAUGCAACGAGCCAGGCCGGCUGGAAGCGCGCGCCGGCGACGCACGAGUCGAUAAGAGAGCCGCCGACGCAGAGUCGCCGGCCAACGACGAGAAACACGUCAAAUUCAACGUUGUCUGCGAAGUGCAGAAGGAACUCGAGUUGAGCAACAUGAAGAUCAAUCUGGAACAGCGAAGGAACACAUAUCCGUUAUACCCGACUGCAGUGAAAGCCAACGUGCCGUGGCCGUCGUACCGGAUGAAGGACACAGUGGGCUAUGCGGUGGAGGCGCGGCACCCGUUCAGCUACUACAGCGACCCCAUGCUCGGCACAGAGCACAUGUUGAGGAACCAGCUUGCUGCCAACAACUUCAUGCCACAUCCGUUUACCAUCCGACAAGCAUACGGAUUGGAUAGAGUGUCGCCAGGAUGUUGUAACCAGUGGUGGGGUAUGGGUGGUCGGCGGAAAGGGGGCCAGGUGCGGUUCAGCGCGGCACAGACGGGUGCUCUGGAGCGCCGAUUCAGCGCCAGCAAAUAUCUCAGCCCUGACGAACGACGGGCACUAGCUGCAAGUCUCAGGCUCAGUGAUAGACAGGUAAAGACAUGGUUCCAAAAUCGCCGCGCAAAAUGGCGCCGCACGACUCCGGACUCCGCGGACCCUGGCAGCCCGCCAACCGCUGACGAAGGGUCCGAUGAUGAUGUCCAGAUUGCCGACGACGAAUGACCGCCAAGAUCAACCAACAUGACUCUCCCUACAUGAUACGUAGAUAGCAAAACAUUGUAUCCAGUAAACGCUCUUUAAAUAGGCACCCUAUUAUUUCAGAAUCAUUAAUUACAAAUCCCACAUUAACAUAUUUCCGUAACAGAUUAAA